UAUGCUCAUAUGUCAUCUGAGAAGUAGAAGUGAAUUAGACUGAUAGAUUUUAGUUGCACACACAUCAAUGAUAGUGUGUCAUUAUUGCUUAAAUUCACUGAAAAAUUAUGCAGUAACAAAUCACAUACACAUAUAUAUAUAUAUGUGCAAAUAUAUACGCGCAUGUGUAUUUACGUUGGAUUUAUUAUUCUGAUAUAUGGUUAUAUGAGAGAUAAAUUCUUUGCAAAAUGUCUUCUCAUCAUUAUUACAUUAUGGUGUGAGUUCGUGAGUUCCUUUGCGAAAUGGAAUGCUUUUUAGUUCAAAUGAAAAUUUAGCCUGACAUUUGGAAUGUUAGAAUUACGCGUGAUUCAUGUGUCCGGUAACCAUCUGAACUUGAUUUCCACCUAGAUUUCUAUUUCAUAUCAAUCAUUAUUAUUCCCAUUUGUUACUGAUAACUUGGAUUAAUUAAUUUUUUUCUUAAUGUUACUUAUAUUCAUCAAUUCAAUUCAGCUGAAAGAUGAAUUUAUUUUACUUUACAGUUUAUCAUCAAAACAUCGCUUCUCAAUCUAAUCAAGAUGUAGUUAGCACAUUUAGAGUUUAUAAAAAUGGAGUGAUAUGCUUGCUUAUGCAAUGCGCAUUUAAAGUUAUUUUGCCAACAAAGGAAAAAGGGAAAUACGAUACAUACUAUGUAAACAAAACAACUGAAACUAAUGUUAGGCAUGAAGGUGAUUGUAGUAGAGAAAGUGCUUCAUUCAUACUGACUUAUGAAGAAAAUGCAAUGAACACAUGGAAGAUGGGAAUGGACCUGCAUUCACACGACCACGAAUAUUCAUUAGAUUCCAUUACAGUGAAUUAUUCACGAGACGAUGACACUGUCACCGCUAGAUCUACUGCCGAAGUAUUUACAAUACCAUUAAAAUAUUUUUAUAACUGUAAUGAGGAACAACAGGUCAAUUUGAAAAUACCUAACGAAUAUCAAGCUGCAGUUCGAAUAGUCUUUACCAACUUAACACUUGAAGCUUUUCGUCACAGUUACAAAACACAAUAUGUUGGUUCAGAAGAGGAGUGUGAAUUAGAUACUUCAAGAAGAGACGGUGUUAUCGCAGUCGUCAUCAUUUCCCUUAUAGUAAUUUCCCUAUUGCUGAUUAUUUCACUUAGUGUCGGCUUAGAUAUGAUUCGAAGUAGGUAGGCUAAAUGAAUGACAAAGAAGGAAAUAUGCGUACUGCAAUCAUCAGAUAUAUUUGAUUCCAAAUCUUUUUUGACUUUUAAAUUAACACGUUGUGUUAUAUGCCAACUGGAAAAUGUACUUUUUAGAUUAUCUGUGAUAUUGCAAACAGAAGUACAUCUAUUUCAACAUGUC